AUAGUUUUUAUAGGAGACUGCUGCUAUAUUUGUAAAGUGUUUGUGCUUCUAAAAUGAUUUAGAAUUGACCCAUACUGUGUUCUACCUAUUUUUUCAUACUCGUAAAAUCCACGAAGCCUCUUGCGGGCCUUUUUUUAUAGAAAAUAUUAUGACAUGGCUUAAUAUCCGCUACUUAUGAAAAAAGGCCCCUGAGGAGAAAUAGGGGCAAGGCUUAGCAGGCGAAAUUCAGUCGGAGCCUUGUAAACAUCUUGUUUACCCUUAUGAGAGAAAUUGAAAUGUCAUUUUUUACAUCCGGCCCCCAUUGGGUCAGGCAGACGUUGGCAAAAAUAAGAAAUAAACGAGGAUCAUGACUGAGGAAGAGCUUAAAACAGGUUAACCUUUACCCGGGAUGCUGCUCGUACCAAAAACAUCUCAAGUUGCUAGGACGGAGUCGUAUAUGAAGGUUAAAAAGAUCACUGGGACGCUUGGCACGUCUUCAAUUGAAAGAGUGGAAGUUUAAGGGCAUCUGCGCAAAUCAGAAUUAGAAAAUAUACAGUGGUGAAUCCUUGUCUGGAAAACAGCGAAAAGAAUCUUUUGUGAAGAAUCUUUGUCAAGGAAGCAUCAAGAAAGAAAAAAAAAGAAAAUUGACUGAAUACAAGCGGCGCCAAGGUUCGAGAAUACACGCAUAGGAUGGCAAGCAAUUGAAAUAAAAAAACAGUAUGCGCUCUGGGGUAUUUCCAAAACAAGCUACUAACAGCAUUUACAAUAUUGUAGUUUUGACAAUCUCCCGCUGUACUCCCGCCGUGGUCACAGGCAAUCAAUUUUGAAGGUUUUCACUAAAUAUUAAAGAAAGAAUUCCACUUAAUUAAAAAAAAAAGAGAUUUAAAUUGAAGAUUAAAAUUGACAGAGUUAUAGAGCCAGAAAGGUGAUCACCUCAUCCGGUUUUUAAGAGAGUCUCAAAAGGAUUAAUCAAGCCGCGCAGAUUGGAGCUUUAAUCCGUCUCUCAAUAGCAUAAAAGCGUUGGUAUUAAUAAGCUCCAAGUGGAGGUGAUUUAGCAAUUUCCAAUUACUUUAGCGGUACGUAGACUUGAAUCUUCAGAGAAGGGAAAUAACCUUCACCGCAUAUUCAUACACGGAGCGUAAAAUACUGUGUAUGACUCGCUGCUAAUUCAGGAAACUAAAUGUUUUCUAUUGACAGAUUAAUAGGUGCUUCAAGUCAAUUAUAUAAAGUGGAGCACUGAAAAUUAUUCAUGGAUCUACCGCAAACAGAGAGGAGUUUGUUGUACAAAAGAUGAGAACAACUUGCCUCAGAACAACUUAGAAAACAAGUGAUUUCAAAGGUGGCACUUCAAGUUAAUUGUAUAAGGAUGUGUGUUAAAAAUUAACCGCCCGUACUCUUGUUUGUACGCAGUUAUUGAGAGUGCAAAGGAAAUCAAGAUUAAGACAUCGACAGAAGACACAAAAAAUCUAUCAUGAACAAAAACGUGAUACAGGCAUUCGACAUCUCGCUCAUAUGCUUGUGUAUCAUAAUUGUACUACUGAACGGUGCAGUGAUUGCCAUAGUUUACCACAACAAGAACAUUCGAUCAUUCACAAACGGCUUCGUGGUGUCUCUGGCACUCUCAGACAUAUUAACCGGUGGAUUAUUCUUUCCCAUCACCAUCGGUGAUGGAUCGUUCGUAGGACUUCCUUACAUCAACUGCAUAUGUCUACUACUGGGUGUCGGCAACGUGUGCUGUGUCACGUAUGACAGAUACAUGUCGAUCUCGUCGCCUCUAACCUAUGCUACUGACAUCAGGAAAAGGUUCAAGCUAUUGGUGGCUGUGUGCUGGAGCGUGCCCAUACUCUUCGCAUUGAUUCCCGUCAUUUGGUCAGCAGAUGGAACGACUCUCGCGCACAAAGUGUACAUUUACGUGUUGGAGAUAUGCGGAGUGGUCAUCCCCUUCAUCUUCAUCUUCUCCGUUUAUUGCUACAUCUUUAGACAAGUCAGAAAGUGCAACCAGAAGAUUAGUCGUGAGAUGACAGACAAGGAUAGCAAACGCAGCCGACACAAGAAACUUUUCGCGAAGCUUAAGGUGGCAAGGGUGUUUGUCAUCGUGUCUAUCCUAUUCCUGUUGUCAUGGGUACCAAUACUGUACGUUACCACCGUAAACAAUCUUGGAAGGAGAGACUUAAUCCCGGACGUGCUCAUUCUGCUGGCAUUUUACGCGCUUGCUCUUGGGUCAAUCGUGAAUCCGGUGAUUUAUUGCUUUAUGAAGCCCGAUUUUAAGGCCGCAAUAAGACGGAUUAUGCUAAGGCGGUGCGAAAAAGCGGCGUUUAGAGCAAGCUACAGCACAAGGACGGCGACUGCGAACGUUUUACUUAUAUCCAACAGCAACGUAAACUUGGAUGACUCAAAAAUGUGAUCUUGUAAACAACUUUGUUAAAAACAUGACAUAGGCGUGUGAUGGUCAUACUACGUGAUACGAACACGUGAUGCCAACACGUGAUUCGGACACGUGACACGUGAUACGAACAAGUGAUGAGGACAUCGAGUAAGGACUUGUCUUCGUUUUAAAGAGAUACAGAAAUGUGAUGCUGACAUGUGGUACACACACGUGCCACGUGAUGUUUUCACGUUGAUAGCCACGUGAUAGUGACACGUGGUAGAGACACGUGUAGUGGACCAUUAUAAGCACGAUAUAGACCUGCGUGAUGUAAAUACUUAACGGAAACUUAUAUCUAUUGUGUUACUUUCUUGUGUCAUUGAAGAAACACUCUCAGAACACUAGGUGUUAAACAAGCCGACGUGUCUCACUGUGGAUUGCGGGGAGACGUAACGUCGUGACCAGUAUCACUGAUGAUAAUACGAAGCUGAUAAGACUUACCCCACGGAAACAUCAACCUAUUUACUGGAUUAUACUGCAUAAUAAAAAUAUAAUGCUUUCUA